UUCCACCCUCACCUCCCGCCUCUUGCCUCACCUCACAUGCCGCCCCCACCACACCUCACGCCCGCGCAGCUCGCGAAACAGGCCGAGCGCAAGGCCGCCAAACUCGCGCGCAAGCUCGACACCAAAGCCGCGCCCGAGGACACGCGCCGGCGGACCCUCGAGCGGCGAUGGAUUAGUGUCGCGGUCCCGUCGGCCGGCGCGCGCACCGCGCGCGUCGUCUCGUGGAACAUGUUGGCGCAGACGUUGGUCCGCCGCGAGCUCUUCCCCGGCUCCGACUGCCUGCGCUGGUCGGACCGCAAAGCGAUGCUACAAGCCGAGAUGGCGAAACACGCCUCGGCCGACGUCAUCUGUCUCCAAGAAUGCGACCGGCUGGGCGACAUGCGCGGCGCCGUGCCGGGGCACGCGGCGGUCGAAGCCCGCGGCGAGGGCAAGCUGCACGGCCUCGUAGUGCUGUACGCGACGGCGCGGUGGCGCGUGCGCGCAUCCCGCGCCGUCGCGCUCGACAUGGAGCACCUCAAUCCCGGCGAGGGCGCGGCAGCGCGCGGCGGGAGCCGCGCGACGCGCAACAUGGGAUUGAUCGUUGCGCUCGAGAGCGAGGAGGGCGAGGGGAUCGUUGUCGCGACCACACACCUCUUCUGGCACCCCAAGUUCGAGUACGAGCGCACACGGCAGAUCAUCGUGCUCCUGCGCGCCAUGCGCGCGAUGCAGGCCGACGAGGACAUCGAGGCCUGGCCCGCACUCCUGGCUGGCGACCUCAACACGCAGCCCGCCGAGGCAGCGUACCAGAUCCUCGCGGCGCCCGGCGCGCCACUCGACCCCGCGCUCGCGGCCUCCCUCAACUUCUCGCGGCUGGUACACACGAGCGUGGCGAAGAUCGAGGCGUCCGCCCCGCCGUCAGAGAUGCCCAGCGGCGCCGUGACGCCGGCGGAGAAGGACGACGAGGGCGAGCUGCCGGACACGGACGAGCGGUCGAUCGCGGGCACGCGCGCGCCGACCGCCGCGGACGGCAUCGCGACGCUCGACGAGCUUUUGGAAAUGGCGCGCGACGUGCUCCCCGCCCCGGCGCGCAGCGCGUACGGCGCAUCCCAGUGGGCGGGGGAGACAUACGCCGCCCGCGGCGGGUUCAACCAUGCGUCCGGGGCGGGUGGGAACGAGCCCGCGUAUACGUGCUACACCCCUCUGUUCAAGCUUACUCUUGAUUACAUUUUCGCCCUGCCCGGGAAAGAGGUUACGUUUACGCAGCUGCUCGAGCCGCCAAAGGUCGCGGAGCUUGGUGAGGGGCUGCCUAGGAAGAAUAUAUCUGCGAGCGACCACUUGCCCGUCGCGUGCGAGAUAGCCUGGACGCCGUGAGGAGAGCUUGAGUAAUGGCAGGAGAAGUAGAAUGUAGAGCAGUAGACAGCCUCUGCAUCGAGCAUGAUGGCAUCCGCCAG